CAAAUUACAAUGUUUUACGUCAACUUUGAAACUGCCUACUUCUUCUUCUUCUUCUUCUUCGCUUUACGAAAUGCCCAUCUCUCUCUCUCUCCCCUAUAAAUAUGGAAUUCAUCACUUUCUCCCUCCUUAAUUUCCUCCACUUUUGUUCCUUGCUUAUUUUCUUUCUUACACCACCCACAUAGCUCCUUGCAGAGUGAUCUCAAAUUAAAUAUUAGUUAUUAACAUGGAACCUCCCUCCUCUUCUUCCUGGGUUCCAAAGCUUUUCUUCAUUGCUAUUGUAUUUUUCUUUCCUUACGCUUCUUCUUCUUCAUUGCAUCCGUUGGUGGUUAACUCCACGGUUGAGCACCGUAACUACACGGGCAUAUCAAGUUUCCGGGUGGUGAAUAGAAGAGCUUUGCUAGAUUGUCCUUGGAAGAAUCCUUAUCUCCAAGUAACUGUAAAAUCAUCAGGAAAUUAUACCCUCUCCAAUGAAGAAUUUGUUAGUGUAACUGUUAGCGGAGUUUUGCAUCCUUCCAGUGAUCAUUGGGUUGCCAUGAUUUCACCUUCUAACUCCGACGUAGGAGCUUGUCCUCUCAAUGAAGCUGGAUAUUUACAAACUGGUGAUCUUAGUAAUCUCCCACUUCUCUGCCAUUAUCCUGUUAAGGCAGCGUUUAUGAGCAAUGAUCCAGACUACCUAAGCUGCAAGAAAAAGGAAUGCAAGAAACACCACAAGAAGAAAUGUGCGGUAACCACAUGCACUGCUACAUUAAAGUUUCAUAUCAUCAAUAUCAGAACCCACAUUGAAUUUGUGUUGUUCGCUGGUGGUUUCGACGACCCUUGCGUUUUAGCUAGGUCCACUCCUUUGAAAUUUUCUAAUCCAAACACUCCACUCUAUGCUCAUAUUUCAACCACAGAUUCAACAGCAACUUCGAUGAGAGUAACAUGGGUUAGUGGGAGCAACGAACCACAAUAUGUGCAGUAUGGAAAUGGUAAAACACUGACUUCAAUAGUUACAACAUUUUCACAAGAAGAUAUGUGCAGUUCUGUGGUUCCAAGUCCAGCCAAGGAUUUUGGAUGGCAUGACCCUGGCUAUAUUCAUUCAGCAGUCAUGACUGGCCUAAACCCUUCAAGCAAAUUCUCCUACAGAUAUGGAAGUGAUUCAGUUGGCUGGAGUGAUCAAAUUCAGUUCAAGACUCCACCGGCUGCAGGCUCAAAUGAACUUCGGUUUCUUGCAUUUGGUGAUAUGGGAAAGGCUCCUCGCGAUGCUUCUACCGAGCACUACAUUCAACCAGGAUCCAUCUCAGUGGUUGAUUCUAUGAUUGAAGAAGUAAAAUCUGGGAAUGUGGACUCCAUCUUCCACAUUGGAGAUAUAAGCUAUGCAACAGGAUUUUUGGUGGAAUGGGAUUUCUUCCUGCACCUUAUAAGCCCACUGGCAUCUAAAGUGCCUUACAUGACUGCAAUAGGAAAUCAUGAGAGGGAUUACAUAGGAACAGGCGUAGUAUAUGGAACUCCUGACUCAGGUGGAGAAUGUGGAGUUGCUUAUGAGACAUACUUUCCAAUGCCAACUCCGGCAAAGGAUAAGCCUUGGUACUCCAUAGAACAAGGAAGUGUUCACUUCACAGUCAUCUCAACUGAGCACGAUUGGGCACCAAAUUCUGAGCAGUAUCAAUGGAUGAGGAAGGACAUGGCUUCAGUUGAUCGAAAGAAAACGCCUUGGUUAAUCUUUACAGGGCACAGACCCAUGUACUCAUCUGAUUUGUUAAGCGUCGAUCCAACAUUUGUUGCUUUUGUAGAGCCAUUAUUGCAGCAGUACAAGGUUGAUCUGGUGUUCUUUGGCCAUGUUCACAAUUACGAGAGAAGCUGUUCUGUUUAUAGAGCUAAAUGCUUGGCCAUGCCUACCAAAGAUACAAAUGGGGUCGAGACAUAUGAUCACAACAAUUACAAAGCACCAGUGCAUGCAAUUAUUGGCAUGGCUGGCUUCACUUUGGACAACUUCUCAGAAAUUGUUCCGAGUUGGAGUUUGAAAAGGGUAUCUAAAUUUGGUUAUGGAAGAGUGCACGCAACACAAGAAGAGCUAAAAUUUGAGCUUGUGAAUUCAAAUACGAGACAAGCUGAAGACAGCUUCCGGAUCAUCAAAAAAGCUAAAUAGAUAGAUACAAGGAUCGUAUCUCAGUGGUAGUUGCUUCUAGUUCUCCGUUCAAUUGUCCAUGGUUUGUAAGAUAAGUGGC